UUGAAAUGAAAAGAGGGUGAGUGCGAAUUUUCUAACUUCUCCUCCUCAGUUUUUCUCUGUCCCUUCGUCCUCUUUGUUCGCUGCAACAAAGACUCACUCUCUUCUCCUCAAAUCCAUCAUCUCCAACGAGUGUAAAAUCCUGAAAACCCUUACCUGCACGAUUCGCUCCUUUUCUUCCUCCUUGUUGUCUACAUUGAAGACCUUCCACUUCUCCCCAAUUCAUCGGAUUUAUUAGGAGAAAUAUGGAAGAUAAUGAAUGUCAACCACUUGAAACUGAUGAGACAAAAGAAAUUUGUGUUGGUCAAGUUGUGCAUAGCCUAGAGGAAGCAUAUAACUUAUACCAAGAACAUGCCUUCAAAAUGGGUUUUAGUGUAAGAAAAGGGAGGAUGUUGUAUUAUGAUAGUGAGAAAAAGAAUAUACGCUUGAAAGAUUUUUAUUGUUCUAAACAAGGGUUUAAGAAUAAUGAACGUGAAGGCGAAGUAGCUUAUGAAAGAGGUGAUUCAAGAACAAAUUGCAAAGCCAUGGUGCGAUUUAGUGUUACCAAGGAUGGAGUGUGGAAAGUUACAAAGUUGGUAAUGGAUCACAACCAUGACUUUGUCCCACCUCAGCAAAGACACUUGUUACGUUCUAUGAGAAAAUUAUCAGAAGGAGGUCUCAUAAAGUCCAUAGUGAAUGGCGAUAUAAAAGUUACAAAUGUUCGGAGUUAUUUAGGGGAAGAGGUUGGUGGAGUCGAUGAGCUAGGCAUAACAAUGAAAGAUGUGCACAAUCAUGUCUACACUGAAAAGCCAAAAUUAAUUGAAGCCGGAGAUGCCCAAUCUUUAUUGAAUCAGCUGCAAAGUAGGCAAGCACAAGAUGCCAUGUUCUACUAUAGUGUGCAAUUAGACCAGGAAUCACGUUUGACUAAUGUCUUUUGGAGAGAUGGUAAAUCUAAAGUUGAUUAUGAUUGCUUUGGAGAUGUUGUGGUUUUUGACACCACUUAUCGUACUAAUAAAUAUAAUUUGAUUUGUGCUCCAUUUGUUGGUGUCAAUCAUCAUUGGCAAAAUGUCAUGUUUGGUUGUGCUUUAUUAUCUGAUGAAACCUCAGCUUCUUUUACUUGGUUGUUUAAAGUAUUCUUGGAGAGUAUGGGUAACAAACAACCAAAAACAAUUUUCACUGAUCAAGAUGCAGCUAUGGGUAAGGCAAUUGAAGAGGUGAUGCCAAAUACAAUUCAUCAAUUGUGUUUGUCGCAUGUAGCUAAAACUGCUCCUUCUCAUUUAGGCAAUCUUAAUUCUAACCAUAAGUUUCAAAGUUUGUUCAGAAAAUGCAUGUCAGGUUGUGAUUCUAAAGAAGAAUUCGAAAGCACUUGGAAUGAGAUGGUAAAUGAGUAUCAGCUUCAUGAUCAUCAAUGGUUGAGUAGUAUGUUUAAAAUUCGUCACAAAUGGAGCACUGCUUAUAGCAAGGGUGUAUUCUCUGCUGAUAUUGAGUCUUCUCAAAGGAGUGAGAGUAAAAAUAGUUUAUUGGGUGAGAUUGCAGGCAAAACAACUACCCUCACCCAAUUCGUAUUGGCAUUUGAAAAGAUGGUAAAAAAGUGGCGGCAAUUAGAGGCUGAGAAAGAAUUCAAAAAUAGUCAGAGCAUGCCUCCUCGAAUUAUAAAUAUCAGCGAGACUUUGCGACAUGCAUCUAUGAUAUAUACUCACAAGAUUUUUAAACUUUUUCUAAAUGAAUACCUUGAUGGAACAGGUGGAAGCACUUCUAUAGAGAUUAGUGUUUGUGAUGAUGUGUCAAAUCAUGAAGUCACUUUGAAUCAUAUGCCUAAUAAGAAGCAUGUCGUAGCAUUCGAUUCGUCCACUUUAAUGAUCAAUUGUAAUUGCCAAAAGUUCAGUUCUAUGGGCAUUCUUUGCAGUCAUGCUUUGCGGAUUUACAAUAUAAAAGGUAUUUUAAGAAUACCUGACCAAUACUUCUUGAAAAGAUGGAGUAAAAAUGCAAGGUCCGUGAUUUAUGACCGCACACAUAAGGGCUCAAAAGAAGAUUCUAGUUCUAACUGCAUUGAUUCGAUGACUACUGGUGAUGAUGCUGGUAUUCUUUAUCACCAUGCCAUUCUGAAGUCAUUAUAUAAUUUGGUCUUGGAAAGUCAAGGACACAAAGAAACCCAGCAAAUUAUGUGGAACUUGCUUGAUGUUGGAGUUGAGCGUGUGCAUCAACAUAUCAAUAAGCAGAGUUUGAAUUCAAGUGCAAUAGCCAAUGAGAACACUAGUCCUCAAAAUGAAGAUGAUGAGCAUGUUACAAUUUGUAACCCUCUUUCCGCAGAAACUGAAGGAAUGUCUGGUGCACACAAGAAAGGGCAUUUUGAAAAAAGAAAACGAUCAACCACAAAAGCAAAGCAAAAUAAAGAGCAACGGAAAGAAGAGAACUUUUGUACUGUUGGUUCCUCCAUGGUUGAGCCUUCCAGUGUUCCUCAUGCUUCUGUAGCUGCACCUUUAAAGGAACAGCAUCUCUCAACUUGGGGUUCAUAUACUGGAUCAUUUCACUCACUAGCAUGUUACAAGAAAUGAGCUCAUGAUUCUUGUAAUUACAAUUGGUUACCCCCAAAUUUCACUUCCCAAGAUAGACAAGAAAACCAGGAAAAAUUAGAGAGAAGCUGUAAUUGUUCUGUGAUUAUGUUUUGUGUUUUUUACUUUGCUGUUGAAUAUGUUCUGAUGCACUUAUAUUGGCUGAUGUAGGUUUGCAAAGCCCUUGGAAUCUCCCAAAAGUGAUUUAGCAUGUCAAUACCAGCAUUUUUGUAAAGCACUUGCAGUUCUGAUAUAUACUGCAACAAGAGUAUUUUUAGAUUGCUCACUGGGUUCUUUCUUGGGAUGUUUGUAUGCAAUACCAUUUUUGAGAUUUGGGUUGCAAAAUUUGGAUUCUUUAUAUUAGGAAGGUUAUGACUUGAAUUCCAUGAAUUCUGUUUCCCAUAAAUUUUCUUUGUAUAAAUCUAUGCCAGUAACUGAGUUGAGUUUGGAGCUCAUGUUGAUUAUGACUUGUUGGAGCUAAUAACUUGAAUGACUGCUCGAGUUUGGAAAA